AUGACUUGGGUUCUUGGCUGGCCUCUAUACGACGAGGACGCGAUCGAAAUCGCCAAGAAGCACAAUCUCGUCAAGAACCCGCAAGCAGAUGAGUACAGGCUUGCUCAGGCUGCCAAGACGUGGGUGGGCGACCAAGUCGGCGUGAUCAACGCAAUGGCCUGCUGGGUGGACGACCUUCCCGAGCUCGUUUUUGCCGCGUACGUCGAGUUCGGUGAUGAGCGUUAUCCUCCGGCGAAAGUCCCCCGCGCGAAGAUGAUCUCGGACAAGCAGUACACCCGUCUCAAGCGUGCCAUGCCGCUCAAGAACUUUGGGUGGUACCAGUAUCAUGACCCGUACUCCAAGCUUUACAGGAACUCCGAUAAUGACGAGGAUGAGGAUAGCGACGGCAGCGGUGGCGAGAGCAGCGACGAGGACAGCGACGGCGACAGCGACGAGAGCAGCAAUGAAGGUUCUGAUGGUGAAGAGCGGAUGGAUACGGCCAAGGACUCUGCAGGAGAUGAUAGUGACAACGAGACUGUCACCGACGGUGUUGUCUUCGCUGUGGAUUCUGCGGUUUCUAAGGCCGCGGAUUCACUGCCGCAAGAUUUCAAUGAGGGCUGUCGGAUCGACGAACCACAUGCAUGAGGCAGUCCUCUUGAUUCUGACCGUGUCGCGCUGUCCAAGUUUUCUAGCAUCUCACCAGCAUCUCGUCACCCUUGUAUAUCCUUAUUCCCGCGCACGCCGACAAUGUAUGAUACGCUACUGCGCAUGUAUAUUGCUUCUGAAUCAAUCGUUCCCUGGUAUUGAAGUA